UCUGGGGAUUUCAAAUGACAUGACAUCUCUUUGAGGUUGUGAGAUGCGAAUGCACUAAACAAUUUAAAAAUUUCUCAAUCUUGUGCAGCGUUAAUUAGAAUUCAUUUCGAAAAUGGAUUGCGAAGAAGCUGAACUAAAAUCUGACUUUUUUCUACGAGAAAUUCCCAAUGUAAAAAUUAGCCAAGAGCGUAAGAAAGAGGUACCAAAGAGUAACGUUAAAGAAGAAAUAAAAGUAUUACACUUAAGUGACAAUUCUCAACAGAUGAUAAUGGAAACAUUGAGGUUUAUUCACGGCCCUGACUACUCUUUGGAUGAUAUUUCAAAGUACAAAGACGAAGACUUGAAAUUCACCAAUAAGUUUUUGCAACAUAAUAAUUUGGUUGUCAAGGGCGGAUUCUAUAAUACAAAUAAUGACUCGGACAGCGAACACGAGAAAUUAAGAAUGUUCGCCCUGUUGAAAUUGGAAAGCUAUGGCUUUCACAAAAGUCACUGUGCAGAAGCAUUAGAUUACACCUCCGGUGAUUUAGAGUCUGCUUUAUAUUUACUGUACACUAAGUACAUGAGCAUCUCACAACCACACACCAGUAAAUUCUCAGAAUCUGAACUCAUCGAACAACGACGUGACGAAAAGAGCGUCUUAGAAUCGAUAUAUGAGUCUGCAUUUACUGAAAAAAUUGUAAAUGCAGUAUGGACUAUUAAAUUAAAUCUAAACUAUUUGGUAACAAAGUUUCACCCUAAAAGGCAUUUAAAUCAAUCGCAUUCCGGCAGUCAAAGGCGAAAAGAUUUGUGUAGAAAUUUCGCAAGUGGGCAUUGUAAAUUUGGUACUAAAUGUAAGUACUUCCAUAAAGUACAAGAAGAACCACGAAACCCGCACUUAGACGAUUAUACUUUUGAAUUAGAAAUACGUUUCGGCACGGAGUCGAGGUACCCGUAUGAGCCUCCUUUGUUAUUUCUAAAGACAAAUUUCUUAUUACCCGAGCUGAUGAAUUUACACAUUUGCAAGAGGCUCGCAGAGGAAGCUCACGAUUUAGCUCAAAACGGUAUACCCAGUAUUUACUCCAUUGUUGAAUUAUUGAAGAACGAAGAUGUCAUGACAGAAUACAUCAACACUAGUAAAAUUUCGUUUUUGUUACCUGCCGAGAAAUUAUUUCCUACUUCUGAUAUCAAAGAACGGGUAGUUACAGAUAAAUAUUACAAGAAAGGGAGCACAAACAGUGAUAACAAAAAGCAGUCCAGCCAUGCGGAAAUUCUAUCCGAAGACACGAAAAUAUUUAAUCGAUUUUUGACAAAAAUGAAUGAUAGCUCCUAUCAACGCAUGGCGGAGGUGCGAAAGAAGUUACCCGCGUGGAAUUUGCGCAAAGAAAUCGUAAAUACUGUACAAUCUUCACCCGUGACUGUUAUUAGUGGCGAGACUGGUUGUGGUAAAAGUACUCAAGUUCCUCAGUUCUUAUUAGAUGAUUGGUUGGAUAAUUAUAAGUCCAAUAAAACUCACAUUGAAAUCAUAUGUACUCAACCUCGUCGCAUUUCGGCAAUAGGAGUUGCUGAAAGAGUGGCAGAUGAGAGAGCAGAACGGAUUGGUAACACUGUCGGGUACCAGAUUAGAUUGGAGAGUAAGAUCUCGUCGAGUACACGACUUACGUUUUGCACUACAGGUGUUCUGCUAAGGCGAUUAGAAAGUGAUCCUGAGUUAUCUACUGUUUCGCAUAUUAUUGUGGAUGAAGUGCAUGAAAGAAGUGAAGACAGCGAUUUUUUGUUACUUAUCUUACGGGAUUUACUAAAAAUCCGAACUGAUUUGAAGGUAAUUCUAAUGAGCGCUACUUUAAAAUCCACACUAUUUUCAAACUAUUUUGGUUCAGUGCCUGUCCUCGAAAUACCAGGCCGAACAUUUCCCGUCGAACAAUUCUUUCUAGAAGAUAUAUUAGAAACUACCGGCUUUAUACUCGAAGAGAAUACUCAGUAUACACGAAAAAUGAAAACCGGCUACCAACUCGGCGACGAAUUAGAAGAGCAAUUGGAAUUAUGUGCGGUUUCACAGUGCCCAACGCCCAAAGACGAAAUUAAAGAUGAGAAACUGACAAUUACGCAAAUGCUAGUGCGUUAUAAGGAAUAUAGCGUUAAGACAGUGAAGAAUUUGUUCCUGAUGGAUUGUGAAAAAAUUAAUCUGGACUUGAUCGAAGCUAUCCUGCUGUGGAUUGUUUCUGGGGAUCACGAGUAUCCACGUGAAGGGUCCAUUUUGGUAUUUCUGCCGGGGAUUGCUGAAAUUACUUCUUUAUUUGAUCAGUUAUGUGACCAUUCCGAGUUUUCGCCAAGGCGGGGGAAGUAUAUAUUGCUUCCACUUCACUCUUCGCUGACGAGUGACGAGCAAGCUGCAAUUUUUAAAAAGCCGAAACCGGGGGUGAGGAAGAUUGUACUAUCAACAAAUUUGGCCGAAACGUCUGUUACCAUUGAUGACUGCGUCUUUGUCAUUGAUUCUGGUAAAAUGAAGGAAAAGCGAUUUGACUCCAAUCGCAACAUGGAAAGUUUGGACACAGUUUGGGUUACAAAGGCAAACGCGUUACAGCGUAAAGGUCGUGCCGGGCGUGUAAUGCCUGGCGUUUGUAUACACUUGUUCACCGGACACCGAUUUAAGCAUAACAUUCCGUCACAGCCAAUUGCAGAAAUACACAGAAUUCCUCUAGAACAACUUUUACUCCACAUUAAGAUUCUUCCAAAUUUUGCAGGUCGCUCCUUGCAUGAUGUGUUGGAUUCAACAAUUGAGCCGCCUGUUAAAGAAAAUAUUGAUUCGUCUAUCGUACGGUUGCAAGAUGUAGGUGCUUUCGAUAAAGACAAUAAUUUAACGCCGUUAGGACAACAUUUGGCUACAUUACCAGUCGACGUACGAAUUGGGAAGUUAAUGUUAUAUGGGGCGAUAUUUUCGUGCGUUGACGCAGCUUUAACGAUGGCAGCCGCUCUCAGUUACAAAAGUCCAUUCACUUCGCCAUUUGGAAAAAAAGAGCAAGCGAUGGCGAAGAAGAAGGAAUUCUCUGUCGCUAACAGUGAUCACUUGACCGUUUUACGGGCGUAUAAGAAAUGGCAAGAUGUAAAUUCCAAAAGUUACAUAGGCGGAAAAAAUUUCGCCAACGAAAACUACCUAUCCGUAAGGACAUUGGAGAUGCUAGCCGAUAUUAAGUAUCAACUUUUAGAGCUUCUAGUCAGUAUUGGAUUCGUUUCCAUAAACCUUCGCGCCCAUCGUCAUCGCACCGGCUAUGACGAAAUCUUCAAAAUAACAGGACUUGAGUUUAACAAAAACGGCGAUAAUAUCCGUUUGUUAAUGUCAAUCCUGUGUACCGCGCUGUAUCCAAAUAUUGUAAAGGUCCUCACCCCUCAAACAGUAUUUUUCCGAAGUGCUGCGGGGGCGGUACCUGUCGAACGAGAGGCGAAAGAGCUACGCUUUAAAACGAAGAAAGAGGAGGUAUUUCUCCACCCUAGUUCUGUUAAUUUUACAGUUACCAAUUUCCAUUCCCCUUACCUAGUCUAUCAAGAGAAAGUGCGAACCAGCAGGAUAUUUAUAAGGGAUUGCUCGAUGGUACCCGUCUUGCCACUGGUCUUAUUUUCAGGUUCGGAUGUGAAUAUAUCUGUUAAUGGCGGCACUACAUACAUUGUUUUGUCUGAUGGUUGGAUUAGAUUUCACGUUGAAAAGCAUCAAAUUGCCGAGAUGAUUAAAGCCAUUCGAACUGAACUUUUGAGUUUACUUGAAGAGAAAAUCAGAGAUCCGCUUUUGAACUUGGUACAUAGUGAAAGGGGAGAAAGGAUUAUCAAUACUAUUGUUCAAAUUGCAACAUGUGAUUAACAAAUUUUCUUAUUUUAGUAAUUUAUUUGUGUAUAUUAUCAAUGUAAUUGUGCUUUUGUUAUGGAGAUCUAAACAUAUGUUGGGGUGGGUAUACUGGAGAUCUAAAUGGAUAUGUGAUUCUUACCUGCCUUGAAAAUAAAAAGUUGUUAUUUUUCUA